AUGGCCGCCUCUACCCCCGCACAGCAGUCAUUGCUACCCCAGACCGCAUUCCUGAUGCCUGCCAGUUCGAGCAGCCGCCCGCAAGGCAGUGCAGACUCACGUCCUGCAAUCAACAAGGUCCAGGGGCAUGUUCCCGCAAUUUUGGUCCAUGCCUCGGUAACACAUUGCGGCAACGAUGAGAUCUACGCCUUUGGCGGGUUCGAUGAGGAUACAGAAGAAGGUUCAUAUGCCGCCGGAGUUGUUUUCUCCUGUCCAUGGUUGAUGUAUAAGCUAACUGUCGGCAUCUGCGCAGUAUACAACCAUGUCCUACGGCUCAAUCUGAAAACUCUUCGAUGGGAUCUAGUGGACAAUUACGGCGAUAUCCCGGGUGUUCGCUUGGGCCACACGGCAAAUCUCUAUCAAGGGCACAAACUGGUCGUUUUCGGCGGGGAAAAUGAGCAUACUGAAACCUUAUCGGACGUGAUCAUUUUCGAUGUUCCUACUGCCACCUGGACGCAACCUGAAGUCCGCGGACAUGUUCCUAGAGGAAGAACUCGUCAUGCCGCCGUUAUUCACGAGGAUAAGUUGUUUAUUUCAGGAGGCACAGACGCCGGCCUUGUCAUGGAUGACAUGUUCUACCUGGAUCUCAAAACUUGGACAUGGUCCCGACCCUGGAAAUUUAUGGCUCGCUAUGACCACGUGGCCUGGGUUUGGGGUGGUCGCCUUUGGACAUUUGGAGGACUCGGACCAGAUCUGGGAAAGAGUACGGAUAUUUGGUGGUUAGAUUUGCAAGCUAUUCCAGCUCCAGGAACGACAGAUCAACAAGGUACUAUGGACCCCCCCGGGAGGGUUGGCAGCACAACUCACAAUUUAGACAAUACCUUGUACGGCAACAUGACGCCGCAGCUCCAUGGCCGGUCCGGAAGCUACGCGGCAAAUUCUACAAGUGUACAGGUUCGCAAUGCCGGCAGAAGAAAGUUCAUCGCCCCAGGCCCCAUAUCUUGCCUUCAGUUCAAAUCAGGUCCCAAUGUGCCAUCCCUCUCAUCCGGUACUCAUUUCCAGGCAUUUGCGUCUGGUGUCUUACUCGACCUUACCACCCCAUCAAAUACCAUACCCACUUGUGACUGUAACUUGUCCUCCUUGGAACUCGAUUCCUUGAGAUGGCGGAGGCUGGUUGAUGGACAGGACAUUUUUAGGCCCGGUUAUCAAUGGCAAUACCUAACCGUGAAUGCGAGCGGCACUAAGGCGUGGUUGCUCGGCGGCAGCCUAGACACCGGUAGCACCCCCGGCACUGGCGACCACAAUCACAUGUCUGAAAUCCUCUCUAUCGACCUGGAAAGGUACGGUCUGUUAGGAAAUGAGAUGUCGGCCCUGUCUCCCGACCCUAGGAAAGCGGUAGUUCCUGGGCAAACACACAUGGGUCCUCUCUCUGGCCUAGGGGCAGAUUUAUCGACCGUCUUCGAUCAACCACCCGAGUCAGGCAGUGGAGCUGAUUUUACGAUUACUGCCAACGCAGAUGACUGCAUUUAUGGUGAUAUCAACGUUGAGGACGGGUCUCUAGCAAGCUCAACUGCAGCCUUUCUCCCCGGAAACGCCGUCACAUCCUCUCCAAUCCACGUGCACAAAAUUAUCCUGCAGCUUAGGUGGCCGCAUUUCAAGCGGCUGUAUUCCGCACAGAUGGUUGAGUAUCACACGAAUCGGAUGCAUAUUCCGGAGCCCUACGCUGUUGUGCGUGCGUUCCUGUACUAUUUGUAUACGGAUAGCAUCGCCGGACACCCGGAAUACUGCGCGGAUAUCAUUGACGUUGCGGGGAUGCUAGUGAUGGCGAACAUUUAUGAUUUGCCCCGCUUACGCCUCCUCUGCGUCAACCGCUUAGGGCGUGAGCUAGACGUGGAGAAUGCAGCAAUCAUAUGGGAUCGGGCAGGGCGCACGAAUGAAGAGUGGCUUAUGAGGCGAGCCGCUCACUUCUGCCUCAACCAUUGGGGAAGGGUUGUCCGGACGAACGGUUUCAAAUCUCUCAGUAGGCAAAGCAUAAUAGAUCUCUGCGAAGUUGCCGACAUGGAGGGUCGGAUUAUCGCGGGGCCAGAGUUAGAACUUGUCGGCACACUGGGGGCAGAUGACGGACUCGGCAGCCGCGAACUGAAACGGUCGUCGCAGCUGACCCUCAACGGCGCUGCACUGGAUGGGGACGAGGCCGACGCGGAUGAGAUGGAUGGGGUGGAGGAUAUAUGA